CUUUACACAGCUCCACCGCUCUCAAACGGCAUAUGACAUACAGUUUGCUUUUGAGAUGUAUUCUGCACCAGUACAUGCAUAUUACAGGAAGUGAAGGGGCUUCACAGAAACCAAAAGAAAAAUUCUAAUCUAAAUAAAGACACUGGCUUCAUUACUUCCUCUAUUUUAGAUCGAAGCUCCGCAGAGAUAGUACAUUAUUACAGUCAUCAGCCGUACAGCCCUCAGAGCAGUUACGAUGCCAACAACAUGGAUCUCUGAGGUAAACCAUCAUGGAUCAUAACACAUCUUUGACCGCCAAUAUGGAGGGCCACGUCCCAAAAGUGUACCGGACUGUUAGCCAAGUGUUUUAUGGCAUUAUCUUCACCAUAGGCAUAGUGGUCAACCUGACCGCUCUCUGGGUCUUUGCCUUGACCACUAAAAGACGGAACUCCAUCACCGUAUACAUGAUCAAUGUUGCUUUAGUGGACCUGGUAUUUAUCUUACUGCUGCCCUUUCGAAUUGUCUACUACAGUCAAGACUACUGGCCCUUCGGGGACGUGUUCUGCAGGAUUAACGCAGCACUAACAGUGCUCUAUCCCUGCCUAGCCUUGUGGCUCUUCGCUCUCAUUAGCACAGAUCGCUAUGUGGCCAUAGUGCAGCCGCGGCACACCAGAGAACUAAAAAGUGUUCGCAAAGCCUUGCUGUCCUGUGCAGGAGUCUGGAUCAUGACCCUAGGCAGCACGGCUCCGCUCAUCUUCUUGGAAGAAGACCCAGACCGUAAGUCAAACUAUACCACUUGCAUCAAGAUGCACGACAUCAUCUACUUGCGCCGUGACAAUCCCGUCCACUUCGCACGUAUCAUCUUCUUCUUCCUGGUGCCGGUAAGCAUCAUGGUGGGCUGUUACAUGAUCAUCGUAGAAAACCUUAUCCACGGCCGCACGUCCAAACUGAAGCCCAAAAUCAAGCAGAAGUCCAUCAGGAUCAUUAUCACACUGAUUAUUCAAGUGCUUGUGUGCUUUGUGCCUUUCCACAUCUGCUUUGUUUCCAUGCUGCUGGCCAGUGGUGGGCAGGGUUACAACACCUGGGGGGCCUUCACCACCUUCCUGAUGAAUGCGAGUACAGUGCUGGACAUCAUACUCUUCUACAUUGUGUCCAAGCAGUUUCAGGACCGUGUGAUCAGCGUGAUCUUGUACAGGAACUACCUGAGGAGCGUUCGCAGGAAGAGCCGUCACACCAACAGCAUUCGCUCAAUCAGCAACCUGACCAGUGCCAUGAUCUGAACAAUAAUACCACAGCUGACAAAAACAAUGUACACGAUGUUUGUAACUAAAUUACAGAACAAGAUUCCAAUUGCAGAACAAGAUGAACGAUUAUCAAUGCAUGAGUCAAACUAAAUUAUGUUUUCCAAGCAGAAACAAAUCAUUCUAAAUAGUGAUAUUGCUCACAGUAACAGUAACUUCUUGUCUGCAGUUAACUCACAUGAGAUGAACCACAUAAGUAACUUCAUUGGUAGUGGCUGCAAUGAAUCAUUGCUCAUUUGCAUGAAGUUAAACUUUUUUUUAGAUUUGCUGCCGUAUAUGCAUCACCACCCAUCACUAAUUCACUUGUGCAUGUGUGAACAAGGGGACAAACUGAUCUGAGCUGCUGUGUUUCAUGCUGCAAGCUGUGUCUGUUAUUUUUAAAACGAUAUAUAUAUAUAAAUUGGGAAUGUUGUUGCAUAAUCACAGCAAGGUGUUUGAAAUAGUUCCCUUUGUAAAACUUUCUUUGCAGUCUCAGCACAAUCUGUGCAAAACAUGUAACUCUCUUGCAAGCAUGCUUUCAUAUCAUACCUAGUAGUAUGAUCUUCAGAAACAGCGUAUGUCUUUGAUGAGGUUAGUUCAAAAGGAGUGCAUACUAGGAUAUUUGGUCCUUUCAGAAGUGUAAAACGAGAUACUACCUUUCAGUGUGGAAUGUAAUGCGCAUAAAAUUUCCCAAAAAGGGAAAAGGUUAUUAAAUUACAUAGCAGCACUUUAUUUUUAAGAAUGUAGUUAUCAAAUAUAUGUGAUUAGAAUACUAAUUUAAAACAUUCUGCACCAUUUUUCUUUUAACAAAAGUUGAUCAUAAUGAAACCAAACCGGCCUUCGGUAGAGCGCAACAUUAAACUUGAACUGUUGGUUCCCAACCAUGUUUAAUACUACACAUUUUGCAUGUCUCCUUAUAUUAAUCAAACACACUGUAUUCAACUCAUCAGCUCAUUGGAAGAGAUUUUAAGGCCUGAAAUGUGAGUCAUACAAAGGAGACAUGUAAAAUGUCCUGUGUUGGGUAUUCCCCUUAUUAAACGUGGUUGACCGCUGCUGUGUAAGGCACCAGCAGGUGGCACUACUGACCAGGGCACAUUUAGCUAUAUCAUCACAAUGCUUUGUCUCAAUAUCACCAUUAGGUGGUAUCAUGUAAUGUAAACAAAUUACUUGAAAGUGGCAUUAUAUCUGCUGAUAGUUUUAGAUUGUGAUGUUUUCAAAUAAGAUUUUCUCUUUGUGUUCUUUAAUCUUCCUUUUAUUGUGACUGGUGGACUGAUUUAUUCUUUGAGAAGCUGAUAAAUCAUGCGGUGACAUGCUAUAUUCCUUCUAAAAUUGUUUAUUUUCUCAUUCUGUUGUAAUUAUUAUUAAUGUUUGAAGCUUUUGUGGCGUAUUAAUUGAGAGACUGUAUUGAAUAUUUGCAAUUUUAAAGUGCAUGUCUCACUGCAGGACCAUUUAUUAUAAAAAAGUGAAGCCCACCCCCACCCAUAGUGACCACUUGUGACUAAUCAUGGAGCUUAUACGUUCAUAUCAAUUUUAAAGUCAACUCUGGACCUGUUAUGCAUCAAAUACCAAUAUACCUAAUGGAUACCCUGCACUUCACUUGAUUAAGCAUAAUUAUUCAAUUUCAUACAUGUAUAUUUUUUGUACUGUCUACUGUUAAAGGGUUAGUUCACCCAAAAAUGAAAUUUCUAAUCACAUGAACAGCGUCGGCUAAUAAUGGGCUGUCAUUCUGACAUAUAACCCAGAAGCACUGAACUUCUGGUGAACAAAAUAAAAGACGGACACAGAAGAGAAGACAUUUUUAAAUAAAGUCUUCUUAACAUUAAGGUUGAACCACUGUAGUUACAUGGACUAUUUUAACAAUGUCUUUACUACCUUUCUGGGCCUUGAAAGAUGCAAUGAUGUUGUUGCCCAUUUGGGGCACAAUGUAACCUCUCAGAUUGCAUCAAAAAUAUCUACAUGAUAUAUCAUAUGAGGGUGAGUAAUUGAUGACAGAAAUGAAAUUUUUGGGUAAACUAACCCUUUAAAUCACCCUUUUUAAUAACCCUUUAAUUUACCCACUCUUAAAACUGCUGUUUUAAGUAGUCUGGCAUGACAACUUCUGGGUGGGACCUGUUUGGAUGAACAAUGAAGCUGUUUGCAUUGGAGCAGCAGUAGAUAUGUUUCUGAAACUAGUUUAUAAAGCUCUUAAAUGUAUAUACAUUUCUUACAUCCAAAUGUAUAGUAGCCUGAAAAAUUUACUAGCACAACUUCCAUCUCAAAUAGACUUUGAUAUGAUGAAGUUCGUGCUUUUUCUGCUAUCUAGGGGACACCUGUGUUAACUUGAGGGGAACUAACUUCAUACAUAGGCUACAUCCAAUAAAAAAAAAAUGCCUUUGUGACUAGUUUGUUAAAAACAACUGAACAAGUGAAGUUUAUUCUGAGGACAACCCUAGCAUUAUUUGUUUGCAGAUGCCAGCUGAAUUGAUAUUUUUAAUGUGGCUUAUUUGUACAAAUACUUUUUGGGGAAACUUUAUACAAUCAGCAAAAUGAUUGUUUCAGUUCCUGUCAUGGACAGACUGAUUUGCCUAAAAUAACAAUAUCAUACUACUGUAAGAUGUGCACUGCAAACAUUAACACACACACACACACACACACACAUCAAGUUAGAGACAGACACUCUCUGAGCAACUGCAGUCUUCUAUGUGAUGAAUUAUCUGGAAGCUUUCUCAGUAAUUUAGAAUCUUCAUAACAAGUGCUUUUUCCAUAGGAAAAAUUAAUGGAAACAAGAUUGUCUUUCAUUUGAGUUGAUUUAGCCGCCUCGGCAGCCAGAUGUCUCUCUCUGGGAAUAAAACAGUCGGUGCUUAAACAAA